CAUUUGUAGUGCAGGGCUUGGUCUUGAAGCCCAGCUGUGCGGAGCAUAGAUUGCUUCUGCCUGGAGCAGAGAUGCUGUCAAGUUGCUCUGUGAGUUGAGUCAUCUAUUGACAGAGAGCUCCCAGCCAGCAGAUAAUGCUGCGCUGCUCCACUCACACUACUACUGCCGCUGCUGCUCCCACGAUGCUUUGCUUUUAACAUCAGCCAGAGUAGGUACCCGGGGCCAGUCUAAAGACCUCUUAACAAAUAAGAGGAUUUUUUUUUUGAAGGCAAGAAACAACAGCAGUAAAAAAAAAAAAAAAAAAACAUAAUCUAAGAUAAAGAAAGGACUAAAGAAAGAGGAAAGGCAUGACUUACCUUAACAAACCGCACAGCUGCUGCAGGGAUCCUCAAGGCACAGAUCUCUUCCGGAAGGUAGACCUGGUGAUGAGUGAUGCCCGUUGCUCCUGUGACUGGCAGCAUGAGCCCCAUGGAUACUACUGCAAUUCCCAGGUGCUGACCCCUUCGCGGGGCACUCUGGCAUGCCACGGGGUUAAACCCACCGUCUUAAGGACAAACAGUGUCUGGAAAAGCCCCAGGAAAUGCAUAGCCAGGGGAAAAGGGGCUAAUUGCGAGUGGUGGUCUGAUUGCACCUGUCAACAUGGCUGGCACGACCCGUUUCAGGCAAGCCCUCCUCCUAUAAUUGUCAACACAGAGACGCUGGACAGUGUGCCAUAUGUAAAUGGAACAGAAAUUGAAUAUGAAUUUGAAGAAAUCAUGCUGGAAAGGGGUAACUCAGGGCUGGGAUUUAGUAUUGCUGGAGGCAUAGACAACCCUCACAUUGGAGAUGACCCUGGCAUAUUUAUUACAAAAAUUAUACCCGGUGGAGCUGCUGCAGAAGACGGGCGACUCAGAGUCAAUGACUGUAUCCUGCGGGUGAACGAUGCCGAUGUUUCUGAAGUCUCUCACAGUAAAGCCGUGGAAGCCCUCAAAGUGGCGGGCUCAAUCGUACGGCUGUACGUGCGCAGGAGAAGACCCAUGCUAGAGACAGUCAUUGAAAUCAAACUCAUUAAAGGACCAAAAGGGCUGGGGUUUAGUAUCGCAGGAGGAGUAGGGAACCAACACAUCCCUGGAGACAACAGUAUUUACGUGACCAAAAUCAUAGACGGUGGGGCAGCACAGAAAGACGGGAGGUUACAAGUUGGAGACAGGCUACUUAUGGUUAACAACUACAGUUUAGAAGAAGUGAGCCACGAGGAGGCUGUGGCGAUACUGAAAAACACAUCAGAUGUCGUCUAUCUGAAAGUUGGAAAGCCUACCAGCGUUUACUUAACAGACCCUUACGGACAACCAGAUCUCACACAUUCUUUCUCUCCAACAAUGGAAAAUCAUAUCUCCUCGCCCGGCAACAAUGGCACUCUGGAGUACAACGCCACUCUUCCUCCCAUUUCACCAGGGAGGUACUCCCCCAUUCCCAAACACAUGCUCGGAGAGGAGGAUAUUAACAGGUUGGAUGGUUUUUCAUUCUUACGAAAUGCCUCAUUAGAUGAAGCUGACAGUCACAAGUUUGAUUCCCAGCACUUCCAGUUGAGGCCUCCUGAGCCCGUUUACAGCACUGUGAACAAACUGUGUGACAAACCACCUUCUCCACGACACUAUUCCCCUCUUGAAUGUGAUAAAAGCCUCCUUCACUCCAUUCCUUUCCCUCACUAUCACAUAGGCCUGCUCCCUGACUCUGAGAUAACCAGGUACGGUGCUGUUGUCCGUGGCCUGAAUACCAGCAAUAGUAGACAGGUCCACAGAAAUACCCACAGAGCGCUAUUUGACUAUGACAAAGUGAAGGACAGCGGUCUCCCAAGCCAAGGCCUCAGCUUCAAGUAUGGAGAUAUUCUCCACGUCAUCAAUGCCUCCGAUGAUGAGUGGUGGCAAGCGAGGAGAGUCACGCCAGAGGGAGACAGCGACGAAAUGGGAGUCAUACCCAGCAAAAGACGGGUGGAAAGGAAAGAAAGAGCACGCCUGAAGACUGUGAAGUUCAAUGCCAAGCCAGGUGUGAUUGACUCCAAAGGGUCAUUCAAUGACAAGGGUAAAAAGAACUUCAUCUUUUCACGAAAAUUCCCAUUCUACAAGAACAAGGAGCAGAGUGAACAGGAAACCAGUGAACCCGAACGGAGUCCAGAGGACUUGAUUCUCUCCUAUGAACCCGUCACACGGCAAGAAAUUAACUACACCAGACCGGUUAUCAUCCUGGGACCGAUGAAAGACAGGAUCAAUGAUGAUCUGAUAUCUGAAUUCCCUGACAAGUUUGGAUCGUGUGUCCCACACACCACAAGACCAAAGCGUGACUACGAAGUGGACGGAAGGGACUACCACUUUGUCAUCUCAAGAGAACAGAUGGAAAAAGACAUCCAAGAGCACAAGUUUAUUGAAGCUGGGCAGUACAAUGACAAUCUCUAUGGAACCAGCGUCCAGUCUGUGAAAUACGUUGCAGAGCGGGGCAAGCACUGUAUACUUGACGUAUCAGGAAAUGCUAUUAAAAGAUUACAAGUUGCACAGCUUUACCCUAUUGCCAUCUUUAUUAAACCCAGAUCUGUUGAGUCUUUAAUGGAAAUGAAUAAAAGACUGACGGAGGAGCAGGCAAAGAAGACAUAUGACAGAGCCAUCAAGCUUGAACAAGAGUUUGGCGAGUUCUUCACAGCUCUUGUUCAAGGCGACACCUUAGAAGACAUUUAUAACCACUGCAAAUUAGUCAUAGAGGAGCAAUCAGGACCUUACAUCUGGAUUCCCUCAAAGGAAAAAUUAUAAAACCUGCUUGGGAUCUGGGACUGCAAACAUAGGAAUAAUUUGUAAUAUAUUAUUAUUAUUAAUAUUAUUAUUAUUAUUAUUAUUAUUAUUAGACUUUUUGUUAUGGUUGCAUUUUUUUUUUUUCACUUUCAAUAUGAAUGUACACCACAGAGUGUUUGAAGCUUUCAUGCCUCAAAAAAAAAAAAAAGGACAAGGUUUUUUUGUUUGUUUU